AUGCCACAUUCUGAUGACUGUGGUGUCUCUAAUGGUGGUAGUCCUUCUGGUACUUGCAAGAGAUCAAAGCGGUCUUUCCUGCCAAGAAGUUACAAGGUUCAAAUUAAUUUUGCUGCAGCAAUACCGUUGAAGGCUGUUCUUGUCACUCAGAGAGGAGUUGAUACACCCAAUAAGAGUGCUCAGGAUGCACUGAGAGUGCUUGACACUGUACUGAGGCAGCAAGCAGCUGAAAGGGGAUGCCUUUUGGUCAGACAGGCAUUUUUCCAUAGCGAUAAGAACUUUGUUGAUGUUGGGGAAGGCGUAAUAGGUAUUCGAGGUUUCCACUCCAGCUUUCGUCCAACCCAUGGAGGACUCUCGCUUAAUAUUGACGUGUCAACAACUAUGAUUCUGAAACCGGGUCCAGUUAUUGAAUUCCUGAAAGCCAAUCAGAAUGUUGAGCUACCAAGACAUAUAGACUGGGAUAAGGCCAAGAAAAUGCUGAAAAAUAUGAGGGUAAAGGCAACUCACCGAAACAUGGAAUAUAAAAUUAUAGGUCUAAGUGAGAAGCCGUGCAAUCAGCAACUGUUUUCCAUGAAGAUUAAAGAUGGCGAGCGUGAAGGACAGACUAAAGAGAUUACUGUGUAUGAAUAUUUCAAACAAACUUACACAGAACCUACUCAUUCUGCAUACUUCCCAUGCCUUGAUGUUGGCAAGCCAAAUCGCCCCAACUAUCUUCCACUGGAGUUUUGUAGUCUUGUAUCUCUGCAACGUUACACAAAAGCAUUGUCAGUGCGGCAAAAAGCUUUACUCGUUGAAAACUCAAGACAAAAACCCCUAGAGAGAAUCAAAACACUCAAUGAUGCAAUGGACGCUAACUGCUAUGAUAAAAACCCGUUCUUGGCUGGAUGUGGCAUCUCUAUCGAUAAACAGAUGACUUUAGUUGAAGGCCGGGUUCUCAAUCCCCCUAUGCUGAAGUUUGGAAAGAAUGUGGAUUUUUCACCUAGCAACGGACGGUGGAACUUUAACAACAAGAUGCUUCUAGAACCAAGAGCUAUUACGGACUGGGCUGUCGUCAACUUUUCUUUUCCAUGCGACAGCAGUCGCAUUUGCCGUGAGCUCAUAAGCUGUGGGAUGAAGAAAGGCAUCAGUCUGAAUCUCGUUUCUUUAACCAUACAGGAAAUUGAUCGACCUUUUGCACUAGUUGAAGAGGAUCCCCAGUACAAGAAAGCGGGUGCUGUUGAAAGGGUAGAAAGAAUGAUUGCAAAGAUGAGGUCAAAAUUUCCAGUGGAUCCUCCUCAUUUCAUCCUCUGUAUCUUGCCUGAACGGAAGACCUCAGUUAUCUAUGGUCCCUGGAAGAAGGUAUGUCUCACUGACGCAGGGAUCAACACGCAAUGCAUCUGCCCUACCAAGAUCAAUGACCAAUAUUUCACCAAUGUACUUCUGAAGAUAAAUUCUAAGCUUGGAGGCAUCAAUUCUCUGUUGGGAAUAGAGUACUCUUGCGAUAUUCCAUUGAUAAACAAAAUCCCCACCUUAAUCUUGGGUAUGGAUGUAUCUCACGGGUCUCCAGGUCGUGCAAAUGUUCCUUCAGUAGCAGCGGUUGUUGGUUCAAAAUGCUGGCCCAGAAUCUCAAGGUAUAGGGCAGCUGUAAGAAAUCAGUCACCAAAACUGGAGAUAAUUGACUCCCUUUUCCAACCUGUUGAGGACCCUCGUAAUGGUGACAAUGGUAUCAUGAACGAAUUGUUUGUAGAAUUUUUCAAGACAAGCAACAAAAGAAAGCCUAAGCAGAUCAUCAUAUUCAGGGAUGGAGUAAGUGAAUCACAGUUCAACCAAGUCUUGAACAUCGAGGUGGACCAAAUUAUAAAGGCGUACCAACGCCUUGGUGAAACCGAUGUGCCGAAAUUCACUGUUAUCGUGGCUCAGAAAAACCACCACACCAAGUUGUUUCAAGUCAAGGGCCAUGAAAAUGUUCCUGCAGGAACCGUGGUGGACACCAAGAUUGUACACCCGACGAACUACGAUUUCUACAUGUGUGCUCAUGCAGGAAAGAUAGUAAGUCCUCACGCCUCAAAGAGUUUCAGUCCUCAUGCCUGUAUUGUUAUAAUAAACUCUCUUACAUUAUGCUUCCCAUGGCGAUCUCUCAGGGAACUUCGAGACCGGCUCAUUAUCACGUUUUACUGGACGAGAUUGGUUUCUCUCCCGAUGACUUGCAGAAUCUCAUCCAUUCUCUCUCCUAUGUGUAAGCAGCCUCUCUACUCCUUAAUCCGCAUUUCACUUACAAAAGCCAAUUCGAAUAUACUAAUAAUAAUUGGGUCCAGCAACCAGCGGAGCACAACUGCAACCUCAAUUGUGGCUCCAGUGCGAUACGCUCAUCUUGCAGCAGCUCAAUUUGCGCAGUUCAGUAAGUUUGAAGAUGUAUCGGAGGACGGGAAAGUACCGGAGCUUCCGCGUCUGCACGAGAGAGUCGAAAGCAACAUGUUCUUCUGCUGAGUAAAUAUAACUGCUUUCUCUCUCUCUCUCUCGCUCUCUCCAACCUAAUCUCUCUUUAGAGGAAGCUUAUCAUUUUACAUGGACGCAAACGCAAUCAUCAUCUAGCGUACAGAUUUAAGUAUGGAGAAGGAGCCCUCGCAUAGGAUAUUUUUUGAAAAGAGGCUCGUAGGCUUUAUUCUUAGCUCAAGUUUGCUUACUCUAAACGACAGAGUGUUUAGCGUUUUUGUGGUUACUCUAAACUAAACCAUAACCUAUAAAACUUAUUAAGUGUUUAAUUUAUUUUGAUAAUUUUUCAAAUAAAAGGGUAAUUUGUAUUCUUUUAUAA